UUAUUUUUAGAAUCAUCUCUGGCAUAAGAUAUACAGUCGCUUUGACGGUAGUUCCUCAACGAAAUAUUAAACUGAGGUGAUGUGGACACAUUUUUUUUAAAACAAUUGUUCUAAAAUGAAUAAGCGUGUCUGUGAUAAACCUGUUUCGUGAAAUUGCUGAUAUCGCUAAGUAAAAAAAUCGUGUUUUAUCUAGUAAAGUGAAUAGUGCUGUGAUAUAGAAGACAACUAAUAUAGGACCAUGCUGAGGAAGAAGCACCAUCAUUCCCAUCACCACCACCACCACCAUCACCACCCCAAGAAACACAUUUACAUACCAUUCUCCAGGAAUAGAAGGGGCUCUGCUGAUUCUAACUACUCUCAGCCUUCUUCGGAUCUGUCGCUCGACGAGGAAAAAGAGACCCUUCGACGGGAGAAGGAACGGCAAGCACUUAGUCAGUUGGAAAAAGCAAGGACAAAGCCGGUAGCAUUUGCUGUACGAACAAACGUAGCUUAUGACGGUUCUUUAGAUGACGAUUCACCUGUACACGGUUACGCUAUUUCCUUUGAAGUUAGGGAUUUUUUACAUAUAAAGGAAAAGUACGACAACAACUGGUGGAUAGGCCGUCUAGUGAAGGAGGGAUCCGACAUAGGCUUCAUUCCUUCUCCGGUGAAAUUGGAGAAUCUCCGACUGCAGCAGGUCCAGACCAGGACGACGAAGCUCUACUCAAGUAAAACAAGUUCCAGCUCUAACAUAGGGGCCGCUGGUAACGAUGUUUCCAGAGGUAGCACUCCUCCCACGCCUGGGGAUGAAUCCGACUCCAUGGGAAACGCAAGGACUGGCAAAUCGCUCACGACGCCGCCAGCCAAAGAGAAGAAAAAGCCGUUCUUCAAGAAACAGGAAGCGACGGCCCCAUACGACGUAGUCCCUUCUAUGCGACCGGUAGUUUUAGUGGGGCCCUCGCUGAAGGGUUACGAGGUUACGGACAUGAUGCAAAAAGCCUUAUUUGAUUUUUUAAAACAUAGAUUCGAAGGACGAAUUAUUAUUACUAGGGUAAUGGCAGAUAUUUCCUUAGCAAAACGUUCGUUAUUAAAUAAUCCGACGAAACGGGCGAUCAUGGAACGAUCCACCACCCGUUCGACGUGUCUCUCCGAGGUCCAAGGUGAAAUUGAGAGGAUCUUUGAGCUUGCAACAACAUUACAACUCGUGGUGUUGGAUUGUGAUACUAUAAACCAUCCUUCGCAACUUGCCAAAACUUCACUAGCACCUUGUAUUGUAUAUCUUAAAAUUACUAGCCCUAAGGUCUUGCAAAGGCUUAUUAAAUCUAGAGGAAAAAGUCAAGCCAGGCAUUUAAAUGUACAAAUGGUCGCAGCAGAAAAAUUAGCUCAAUGUCCACCUGAAAUGUUUGAUGUUAUCCUAGACGAGAAUCAGCUAGAGGAAGCUUGCGAGCAUAUAGGAGAAUAUUUAGAGGCUUACUGGAGAGCGACUCACCCAGAAAGCAGUGUUCCAAACGUACCUCGACCAAUAGGUAGUUCUCCUCAAGCCUCGCCAAGUGGAGACCAAGGAAGACCCACUUUGCCAGCACACCAUGAUGUAUACGGAUAUGCCCAUCAUGAAUCUAGAGUUCCAACUUUUCAUACAAGCCAUACGAAGAGCAUGAGGGGGAGGUUAGACAGAGACCGAGAUUACGAUGAUUAUUGUGAUAGAGAUCGUUUAAAUACUCACGGUAUGCCCCACCACCUACAAGGUGGGGAAGAUUAUAGAGAAAGAAUACCCUCCCGUGACCCUAGAACUAGAGAAGAAGAGUAUUCCGCGCAUAGAGGAUCAUCAAGGAGGGCUCUCAACGCCAUAUAGUGGAGGCUUUCUACGGAGCAACCUAUU